AUGGUGUGAUCUCACCUCCAGAUGUUGCUCAGCUCUCUGCUCAGCUCUUUCUUCUCCACACUCACGACUGACUGAACUGGACCUGAGUAGCAACAACAACAUGGAGGAUUCAGCAGUGAAUCAGCUGUGUGAGGGGCUGAGGAGUGAAAACUGCAAAUUAGUGAAACUGCACCUGACUGAAUGUCGUCUCACCUCCAGAUGUUGCUCAGCUCUCUCCUCAGCUCUUUCUGCUCCACACUCACAACUGACUGAAUUGAACCUGAGCUAUAACAACAUGGAGGAUUCAGGAGUGGAUCAGCUGUGUGAGGGGCUGAGGAGUGAAAACAGCAAAUUAGAGAAACUGAACCUGUGGUCAUGUGGUCUCACCUCCAGAUCUUCCUCAUCUCUCUCCUCAGUCCUCUCUUCUCCACACUCACAGCUGACUAAACUGGACCUGAGGAAAAACAAACUGGGAGAUUCAGGAGCUCGUCAGCUGUGUGAGAGUCUGCGGACCCCAGACUGUAAAUUAAAGACACUGAGGCUGUCUGCUAAUGAGAUCAGUGAGAGUGAGAAGAGGAACCUGAGGUCACUACAGGAAGAGCUGAACAGGACUGGACGGCAGCUGGAUAUCAAGAUAUUAUAAGACUGGACAUGCUGAUCAACUGACCC